AUGUCAGUGGUACCUCUGAUGUUUCGCGAUUGGUGGGAUGACUUUGAUCGUCCGACAUCAAGGCUUAUAGAUCAACACUUUGGUAGUGCUAUAAGUCGUGAUGAUUUAUUUUCUGGUCUUUCAUCGUGGAAUAUCAAUAGACCACGUUCAAUUUUUCCUACCUCGAUGUAUUACAGACCAUGGAGAACUCUCGCAAGAUCUAAUUCUGGUGGUGCGAGCACUAUUCAGUGCGACAAGGACAAAUUCGAGGUGAUUUUAGAUAUACAACAAUUUUCACCGGAUGAAAUAAUUGUCAAAACGGUUGACAAUAAUAUUAUUGUGGAAGCGAAGCACGAAGAAAAAAAGGACGAGCACGGCUUUAUCAGUAGGCACUUUAUUAGAAGAUAUAUUCUUCCUUCAUGCCACGAUCCACUGGAAGUAACAUCAAGCCUUUCUUCAGACGGAGUGCUUACAAUUAGUGCGCCCAAAAAGAAACUUAUGUCGAGCACUAAUGAGAGAAUCGUUAAUAUUGUUAAAACUGGAGAACCAGCAGCAAAACCCGAAGAAAUGAGACAUAUUGUAACUACCGAAGAAAACUAAUAAAAAUUCGUUUUAUAAUUUAUAUUUUAUCGUAGAUAUUAACUCAUGAAUUUACGAUAAUUUGAAUCAAUUUACAGUUUAAUUUAUACUAAGAGUCUUAAAUUGUUUCAUAUCGACUGUCUUCUGAAGACAAAACUCUAAAUUUAAAUUCAAGUAAUUAUUAAGGAAAUUUUCAGACAGUACCCUCCCCUCCCACUUUUCAAAAAUAUGCAAUGACUUUCAAUUGUCAUUAGCGUAUCAAAAUUUAAUUAAUGAAUUAAAAAAAAAUUAAAACUUUAAUUGAAAAAAGGACAACGAAGAAGUAAUUUCGCCGAUAUAGAAUUUAAAAAAAAUUACUUACAGUUGAUAUCAAUCGGAAGUUAAUCAAAAUUUGUUAAAUAAAUUUCAUUAAAAUCUUCAUGUCAAUUUUUGACGUUGAAUUUUCAAAUUUUUUAGGCUAAAAUUUAUUUAUCAAAUUUUGAUUAACUUCCAAUUGAUGUCAACUGUAAGCAAUUUUUUUAAAAUUCUAUACCUCGGUGAAAUUACUUAUACGUUGUCCUUUUUUUCAAUUAAAGUUUUAAUUUUUUUUUUUAAUUAAUUAAAUUUUGAUACGCUUAUGACAAUUGAAAGUAAUUUAGAAUUUUUAAAAAGUGGAGGGCACUGUCUGAGAAUGGCCUUAAGUUUUUAUUAAACUAUUAACAAUAUUAAAAUUAUAAAAAAACACUAUAUAUUUUGUACUAAAAAAAAUAUUAUACAUAAUAUAAUAACAAAUGCAUAAUUUCCAUAGAUAAAAUUGCAGGUAUAAUUUAGAAUUAAAAAUUUUCCAAUGAUUCAAAAUUGAGAAGAAAAAUUUGAUCCUUGAUUAAAAGAAAAUUGAAAAGUAUUAAAAAUGAUAAAACUUGGAUUCUUUUCAACACUUCUCAAUACUUUCAAUACUUUUCAAUUCCUUCUCUUAUGGAGCUUUAACAUUGUAGAUCGUUUUCAAUUCUUUUUUAAAAUCUGGGAUUGCAAUAUACCAAGUAAUUAAAUAAAAAAUGAAAUAGAAUGUAUUAAUUAUUUGUAAAUAAAGUAAUCAACACUAAAAAUGACUUACGGGUUAUUAGCGCGCUCCGCACGCACAAUUGCUGCCUUUACAUGAUCCUGUGAUGUUGUUGUCACCAGUUAAUUUAUGGUAAAUAUCUCAAAAUGGUUAAAAAUAUAACUCGGAGUUUUCGACUAUACUCUUGAUGUGAAUGUAGCGAUGGCU